GCGGUUAGCAGCACAGCGUCGCUGUGUUCACGCCUAAUACGGAGGAAGUCACACGAUCUGCCAUAUGACCAACGCUUUACUGCUCAUUUAAAACACAUCUGUUAUGCUGCAUCUGUCUGGAUAUCUGUAAAUAUUUACACGUAAGAGGCUGUCGGUUUGUGUGAUGUAGGGGGUCCGGGGUGACUGGUGCUGUCGUAACAGGUGCAGCAUAAACCCAAAGGCUUUGGAUCAAACGAUUCGCAUAGAAAACCUCCUCAUGGCCUCCAUAUAUGCACCUUCAUUAGAGGACUCUGCUGAAGUGAAGGAGGGCUUUCUGUGUCCCCUCUGUCUGAAAGACCUCCAGUCUUUCUAUCAGUUACAGGAUCACUUUGAGGAGGAGCAUUCUGGAGACAACCGGCAUGUCAGCGGUCAGCUGAAGAGCCUAAUGCAGAAAGCAAAGAAAGCCACAGACAAGCUGUUGAAACGGGAUGGAGAUGAGCGGACCGAGAGCAGUUAUGAGUCUUUUUAUUAUGGAGGUGUGGAUCCUUACAUGUGGGAACCGCAGGAACUCGGAGCCACCCGCAGUCACUUAGAUGAUUUCAAAAAGCACAGAGCUGCGAGAAUCGACCAUCAUGUCAUUGAAGUCAACAAACGCAUCAUACGACUGGAAAAGCUAACCUCCUUUGACAGAACCAACAUGGAUGCAGCCCAGAUAAGAUCACUUGAGAAGUCUGUGGUGUCAUGGGUACAUGAUCAAGACGUGCCGUUUUGUCCCGACUGUGGGGGCAAAUUUAACAUCCGUAACCGCCGUCAUCAUUGUCGUCUCUGUGGUUCCAUUAUGUGCAGGAAGUGCACAGAGUUUAUGCCUCUGACGCUGGCGUAUAAGUUAACCAGUGGGACGAAGGAGGCUCUGUUUGCACCGGGCAGUCCGGGUCAGAGCGGCUCUUCUGGAGCACAGGUCGUACAGCAGACUUCUCGGCGCGGCUCCAUCAGCAGCCUCUCCUCUGUUACAUCUGUUCUGGAGGAGAAAGAUGAAGAUCGGGUGCGCUGUUGUCAUCACUGCAUGGAUGCGCUGAUGCGGCAUCAACACAAACUGGAAGAGAAAGAUCAUGUGCCUGAUAUUGUCAAACUCUACAAGAGAUUAAGGACAUGUAUGGAGAAGGUUGAAGCUAAAGCUCCAGAGUAUAUGCGCAUGGCCGAGUCGCUCAAUGCUGGAGAGACUGACUAUAAUCUGGAGAAUGCAGCUGGAUUGAGGAUGGAAAUACAGAAAUACUAUGAGCUCAUCGAUGUUCUGAGUAAGAAGAUCAUUACGCUCGGGUUAAAAGAUAAGGUCCAGCCACACCCAAAAGCCCUUCAGCUGCAAAGAAUGGUGCGCUACGCCGCCACGCUUUUCAUUCAGGAGAAACUGUUGGGUCUGACAUCCCUGCCCACUAAAGAGAAGUAUAAUGAGCUAAAGGAGAAGAGGAGGGAGGAGCAGGAGAAAAAGAUUCAGCAGGAGAAACAGGCAGCACUAGAGGCACAAAAACGUCGAAGUGAAAACGUGAAGAACCGGCCGGCCAUCAGUGCAAAUGGAAAUGUUCCCCACAUGAGCAAAGCUGGAGGCUGGCUGCCGCAAUCGGACACUCGCUCGGAGCUGGACGACCCGCUGCUACAACAGAUUGAAAACAUCGAGUCGUUCUUGCGUCAAGCGCGCUUGGCAAACCGCGCCGAUGAGGUAGCCAUGCUAGAGGAGAACCUGCGGCAGCUUCAAGAUGAGUUCGAUGCCCAGCAGACCAGCCGAGCCAUCGAGCUUUCGCAGAAGCUGGCCGAGGAGACGGACCUGCAGGAAAGACAGAUCGAACAUCUACAGCAAAGAGAGCUUGAGAACAAAGCACAAACGUUAGCUUCUUGCUUAGAUUUUAGAGACAGAAUAAACGUUCACGAAAGAGAAGAGGAGGAAGGCGACCCAGAAGAACAUUUGGCUGCAAGCCCUGAAUCUCAGACUCAGCCUACAAAGACUAUCCCACAUCUGAUAGGAAACUCACCACCCUUGGAAAGGCAAAGAGAGGAAUACGCAGAAAUAUCACAAGCUAUAAACCAGUUUGUGGAUGGAGAUUCCUCUCUGCAUAAAGAAGAGGCAAAUGAAGAAAUUAAGAGGGAAAUGAAUCAGGAAGCCAAUGGAAAUAGGGAUUACAACCCAUUUGUUGAAGAAGAAGAAGAUGCUGGGGAAGAUAUAUAUGUAGGUAAAGUCAAGUCACCUAGAAAUCCAUUUGAAGAUGAGGAUGAUGAAGAUAGAGGGAACCCUUUUAAAGAGGAGUCGAAUGAGAUUCCGACCGCCUCCACUAAUCCUUUCGAUGAAGAUGAUGAUGUUUCGGAAAUUGAUGACACGAUUGAAGAAGAGCUACUUUUACAACAGAUAGAUAAUAUCCGUGCGUACAUGUUUGACGCCAAACUAAGUGGACGUUCUGAUGAAGUCGAGCUUUUAUCAGAGAACCUAAGGGAAUUACAGCGAACGCUACGAGAGCAGAAGAGAAAAACAAACUGAUCGUCACAAACCCAUUUUAUUUAAACCAACUCCUGUCAAAACUGUAGUAAACCAAUAUUUAGGACAAGAAUCAUUCAGUUAUAAACUAAGCAAAAUUUGAAUAUAGAUUUGAAAUAAAUUUAAAUUGUAAUGCAUUGCACAGCAAAGCAGUGAGGGUGGAUUAGUAAUAUUCAAAUACAUAAGUUUAAUUUAAACUUAUUGUUCAGUCACCAAGGUAGUUAUUGGAAGAGUUUUCCAUUCAACUAUGUGGUUUGAUUCUUCAUAGCAAAAUGACUUUAAAAGCAAGAGAUUUGAAUGCACUAUUGCAUUUAAUGAAUGAUCAGCACUUCAUAAAGUCCAGACCUCUGCUCUGCUUCAUGUCACAUUAUUGUGUGAAUCUGAGAUGUUAUUUCCAAUGUGUUGUCAAAUCUCUUGAUGCAUGUAAUUGAAUUGUACAGGUUACAUUUCCCAGUCACUUCAUUCCAGCACUGGUUUUCAUUGUUUUUAGAUGGAUCAUUCAGCUAUUGUACAAAUGCAUUCAGUGCUUUUUGGAACUUGAAGUAACUGGAAAAUAUUUUCGUUAUCGUUGCCUUGGAAAAACUUUCCAGUUAGUAUGCUUUAUUUUUCUCAAGUGUUACUUGCAUGUUUUAAUGAUGCUUUAUCGUAUGCACCACAAAGACGUCAAACACUAAAUCAGUGCUGUGCUUGUUUAACCUGUGUGAGCUAUUCAAAGCAUUUCUCUUAAGAAUAUAUUGAUAUACUGUAUUUGAAAAGUGUGAUAGAUUUCUUAUGAAAUGACAGUAUUUCAUGUUUAAAAACACAUAACGGAGCUUAGUGACUAAACGCAGUGCUUUUUGUAAUUAUAAUUACUGAUGUUGUGAUUGACCGAGUACUAACAUGAACACUUCCGGACCAUUGUUUUCUGUUUACACUGAGCAAUAUCAUGAAAGCAACACUAUUAAAAAAAACCAGUGACCGUCA